GACGGAAUGUGGCCAAUGGGGCGCGGAGGGCGGGGCCUUGUGUUAGACCACGUGCGCUUCUGCUGCUGCCUGUUGAGUCUACAGCUGGGAGGCCGCUGCUGCCGCCGCUGCCAUGGGACUGGGCGCUGCAGCGGUGGGGGAUGCCUUGCGAGGCGCAGUCCGGGGGUCCGGCGUGCGGGUGAGGUUCGCGCCCAGCCCCACAGGUGAGCUGCCCCGGAGCCACGCGGAGCUCCUCGCCUUGCUGCCGAAGCCGCGGGGACUUCCUUGGGUCGCUGCCUGACACGAUUAGGAUUGUGCUGCCUUCCCGGGCAGUUUGCAAAAGCGAUUCUCCAAAUCGGAUAUUGUUAUCAUAUUUUUAAAAAUACGUGUUUGCUGGUUUGCUGAAACUACAGCUGUAAAAAGUCAAUAGGAUGUGAAGAGAAAUAAAAAGAGAACAAACCCCGCAGCUGUAACUGUGCCAUCAUAAUCAACAACAAAGGGAUAGUCUGAAACAGGUUUAAGAGAACCCAUCAGGGGAAAGGCAAAUAACCCAUUCCAUAGCGAUGCAUGAAUCGUUGGAGGUUUGUGUAAUACACUAUUGUUGGUUAUAAAUGGGAACCACGCUAUGUCAAAAUGAUUAUGCAUAGCCAUAUAACAAGUAUUAAUAGGUAUCAAUUCAUUUUUUUACCUGCCCUUCACACUUAAGGUCCCAGGAUGGGUUACAGCAUUCAAACUAUAUUAAAAACAACUUACAGUCAUUAAAAAAAUAAGGUCUCCCAAGAUUCUAGGCCUCUGACACUUACACACUUGCUCAUUGAGCUCAUUGGGAUCUAGUAAGCUUCAUGAAUCAUGAGUUGUGCAGGCCUAAUUGAAUGCCUCUUGGUUUUUAUUACUGUCCUUGGAGCUGAGAUGCUGCUGUUAUGCCCUUGGUGUGGGAUGAACAAAAACAAAGGGGGGGUUGUCAAAAGUGUCUCAGUAGAAAUCAGAGUAGAUCAUGGAAGCCUGAAGUAUGCUUAACCUUGUGGUUGAAGGUCCCUGAACCCAGGUGAAGUUGGAUAUGUGGGGAUAGCACAAGAAUUGCCCAGGUGCAUGGAUCAGACCGAAAGCCUAUCUUACUCAGCCUUCCCCAACCUGGUGAUCUCCAUAUAGCUUGCCUCGCAACUGCCAUCAUAACAGUGCUGGUUGCAGAAGGUGGAAAUUCUAUUCCAUCACAGCUGCAUCCAAAAAAGGCCAAGUGCAUGUUUCUGGGACGCUCAUAAAGGUGCCUUCCUUUGUUAAUCAGAGGUAGACUGCUCUUGAACACGGAGUUCCAUUUCAGCUGUCAUUGUUAACAUCCCUCAGCACACCUUUUCUCCCUACUUUUGCCUAUUCCUCUUUUAAAAGUUAACUAAGUAAACAGUUGCCUCUUUCUCUUGGGGCUGUGAUAUGCAUUGCACGUUCUGAACCAGCCAGCCUGAAUUCUAAUAUUAUUUUGAGAAGGAAGGUAGUUUUAAACUGCUUGCACAUUUUAAACCGUUCACUUCUCUCCUGCUCAUGUAAUUGGAAGUGGAAUGACUCUUGAUGUGGAGGUUCUCUUUUCAGCUAGAACAGCAAACAGCCUCUGAUUAUAGCACCAGAGUUGUGCCUCAUGUACCCUGUUCUUCCUUUUCUACGUGCUGAGCAGGGUUCCUGCACCUAGGUGGCCUGCGGACUGCUUUGUACAACUACAUUUUUGCCAAGAAACACCAAGGGAGUUUCAUCCUCAGACUGGAGGACACAGACCAAAGCCGGGUGGUGCCCGGGGCUGCUGAAGGCAUAGAAGAUAUGCUGGAAUGGGCAGGUAAUUCUGCUUGCCCACACAUGCAUGCAGUUCAGGCUCUAAUACAGGGGCCAAACAGUGUGUGGGGUUGCAUCCUUUGCCAGGUUUCCUCAGGGAAGCAGUGCAAGAUGAUCAGAUCCUCAAUAAUAAUAAUAACAACAAUUUUAUUAUUUAUACCCCGCCCAUCUGACUGGGUUGCAUUAAACAUUUAAAAACUUCCCUAUGCAGGGCUACCUUCAGAUGUCUUCCCAAGGUUGUAUAGUUAGUUAUCUUCUUGACAUCUGAUGGGAGGGCGUUCCACAGGGUGGGUGCCACUACUGAGAAGGCCCUCUGCCUGGCUCCUUGUAACUUCACUUCUCACAGUGAGGGCCCUUGGAGCUGGGUCUCGGUGUCCAGGCUGGAUGAUAGGGGUGGAGAUGCUUCUUCAGGUAUACAGGGCUGAGGCCGUUUAGGGUUUUAAAGGUCAGCACCAGCAUUUUGGAUUGUGCUCAGAAAUGUACUGGGAGCCAAUGUAGAUCUCUUUGUUCUUGGUUUUUCUGUCUUAUCCAGGGAGUGGGGAAAUAGAAAAUAUUCCAGCCCCCUCCUCUCGCCACCCCCGCUUUUCUUUCCCAGCAUCAUCAUAAACCACCUUGGAGAACAGGACAGCUGCCCCAUCACUCUCAGCAAGUUAUCUACCCUCCCUGAUGCUUAACCUCAUAGAAAGGGGUUCAGACUCCCCUCUCCUUGUUUCCUUGCUUACUUUCAAAAAAACGAAGCAAAACACAAUCUCCAAGUCAGCUACCUUGGCCUCAAGGAAACAAAUUUAUUUGCUGAUGGUGAGUUAUCCACCACACUUUAGACACAUGUGACUUCUGUCCAGCAAGCAAAGAGUUGUACAUCUGACACUCUGUGUUCAGUAAUUAGAUGGCUCCCUCCCACACUUGAUUUGUUUUUCCACCUGCAUAAUGUGCAUUUUCUUUGUUAUAGUUUUUCUGUUUGGAAAGUUGGGAUUUGCAAAAAGGGAGAGGGUUGAUUGCUCUGGCCUUCUGUCCCUGUGGCUGCACUCUCACAGGUGCCUAACUCACCUGCCUACUUCUUGAUGCUUUUGUCACUGGGGUGCCCACAAGAAUGCCUGCCCUUUUAUGCUACUGGCUAUCUUCCUCUAACUCUUGCUACAGACAUUUCCAUCAGAAAAGCCUUGUUUAAAAGGGGGAAAUGUGUGUAUUGACCACUGGGCUGCAGCACAGUCCAGUGAGUUGGGAUUUAAGUGACCUGGGAAUGGGGAUUUAUUUAAAAUCAGGGGAGCAGAUAAUGAGUCACCACUUCUUCACCUGAUAAAAUCAUCAUGUGAUUAUGGGAUGUGGGGACUUCCAGCCUCCCUGGGAUUUAAAUGAUCUGAGUCACUGUAAGACUAUCUCUGUCUGCACUUUUCUAAACUUGCACUCGAGUUCCCCCAGAGGCGUAGGAAGGGGGGUGCGGUGGGUGCAGUCUGCCCUGGAUGUCAUGACUGAGGAGGGUGACAAAAUGGCAGGCGAGUGGGCGGCACACCUCGCGCCUGGCGGCAACAGCUCUUAACCAUCCUCAGCAAUUUCCAAGUGGUCCACAGGAGGGCAGGGUGGACCACAUUUGGGAUCCCUUUGCUCUUGGUUGCUUCUGAAGAGCUGUCCCCUGCCUCCCCUUGCAGGCAUCCCACCCGAGGAGAGCCCUCGCCGGGGUGGCCCAGCAGCCCCCUACCAGCAAUCCCAGCGACUCAGCCUAUACAGGGAAGCCGCAGAGCUGCUUCUGGAGAAGGGGGCUGCCUACCGCUGCUUUUGCACCCCCCAGCGCCUGGAGCUGCUGAAGAAAGAGGCUCUGAGGAACCGGCAGACGCCACGGUAAGGAUCAGGUGGAGGUUAGACCUGGGUGUGCUCUCUGCGUGGCUGCUGACGCAACCUGGGUCCUGCUCAGCCGCAGGAUUGCUACACGUCUCUCUGCCUUUGACAAUUCUGCGUUCUUCCAAGGAGAGUCCUGAAUGCUGGUGGGAUGGGGGCUGACGUUUGGCUGAUGGGGAAUCAGGAGGCAGGGCUGGGUGAGUCCAAAGAAUUGUCCGUGUGGGGCUCUGUGGAGUUCGGGCCUUGACCCAGCAUGCUUACAAUCAGGAAUGGCCUUGAUGGCCAGGAAAGGCCAGUGUUUUCCUUAUCAGGCUUAUCGGCUUCAGAGGCCUGUUUCUCAAUCUCCAGCAGUAUCUGGAACAAUAGAGCAAGGACCUUUGCCUAAUGCGUUGCAGGGAGCUGGACUAAUUCUGUGAAUCUAAGAGGGAAGGAGAGAGAAGCACUAGCUGUGGCCUGACGCCCCCUCCCCAAAUUUCCUUCGUAUAUGUUCCUUGCUCUGUUGCUACUGUGGAGAAGGGCUUGGGAGAUCUUUUGCUAUGGCUGCUUGUGGGCAACAAUUUAUCCUGCUCAGAGUGAGAACUUGGAGGGUUUGGGGGUGGGGGCAAAAUGUGUUAAGUCAAAAGCCACAGAGUACAGGUUCUCUUUGUGGGAGAGACAGAGAGGGAAAGAGUCAUCAGCCAUAAUUGAAAAGGGGAUGAUGGGAACUAUCGCUAAGACCAUCUGUUUGUCUUCUUUUUUCUUUUUCUUAUGUUUAUAUCCCACCUUUCCUCCAAGGAGCUUAAAGUGGCAUACAGGAUUUUCCCUUUCCUCAUAUUAUCCUUACAAACAACCCUGUGAGGUAGGCCAGGCUGAGAGGCAGUGACUGGCCCAGGGGCCCCCCAUUGAGCUUCAUGGCUGAGUGGGGAUUUGAACCCCAGUCUCCCAGGUCUUAGUCCAACACACUAAGCACUACACCACACUGGCUCUGUUUGAAACAAAUCUGUUUGAAUGAUUUACUUGUUUUUACCUAGGUAUUUUGUUAAAUUGGAAAUACAGGGUUUUUGUAGCUGUAAUUUUCCUUGUUUAGUCAUUUAUUGUACCUGUUUUUGUGACUUUUUUACGUUGUUUUUCUCUUAUUUUCAUUGCUUUGUUCCCCACUCCGGGAUUGAAAAUACUGUGGGCUAUAAAUACUGCAAAUGAAUAAUAAAAAAAAUCAACAGGCAGGGAGUUCCUAAGUGCCAAUGUGCAACCCCUGUAAAAGUACAAGUUCUGGAGACACAUUUCCUGCCUCCAUCAAAGGCAGGGUGGUCCGGUCAGCUGGGAUUCUGGGUUUCUCAAAGCCUUGAAGUUUUGUGUUGGUUCAGUUGUAUUAGAACCAGCUGCUUAGGUUAUAGAUGAAGCCUGCUGCUGCUGCUGUUUCUUCAGAUAUGAUUCCUAACCCUGCCCCUCUCCUUACAGAUAUGACAACAGGUGCCGCCACCUGAGCCCCAAGCAGGUGGCCGAGAAGGUGUCUCAGGGCGCUGACUCUGUCAUGCGCUUCCGCCUGGAGGAGAACUCGGAACCCUUCUGCGACCUGAUCCACGGCUGGAGCAAGCACGUUGUCGCCAGCAUCGAAGGGGAUCCGGUGAUCCUGAAGAGCGAUGGCUUCCCCACCUACCACCUGGCCAACGUGGUGGAUGACCACGUCAUGGGGAUCAGCCAUGUCCUACGGGGGGCAGAGUGGCUCAUCUCCACCUCCAAGCACCUCCUCCUCUACAGGGCCUUUGGCUGGGACCCACCUCAAUUUGGCCACCUCCCGCUGCUCCUGAACAAAGACGGCAGCAAGCUUUCCAAGAGGCAGGGGGACAUCUUUGUGGAGCAGCUUGCGCAGGAUGGCUGGUUGCCCGAAGCCCUGCUGGACAUCAUGACAAAUUGUGGCUCUGGAUUUGCAGGUAAUGAGGCCGUAGCCCUCAACACCCCAGCAGGCUGGCUCAGUUGGUGUGAAUUCUCUGCUUGUAUUUGAAUCCUGCUUAUAAAAUUAUGGGUGUCCCGCUUUUCCACCUUGUCUUGGCAAAUGACUGUGUUCAGUGGAGUCUCUCCUGGAGCUGGUCCCUCCUUAGUAGGUAGUCCCUGGGCUUCCUGAGGCCUCCUGGGACAUUUUCUGCUUAGCCCAUCGCUGGAAUCCUAGAGUUGUAUGCCAUUGAUUCCAGUGGGUCCCAAAAUGGGGUACAGUUGGAUUAGCUGGGCAAGGGAGCUGCAGGCUGGUGCUAAAGGUGGAAAUAAUUAUCAUCAAUGUUGAUGAAUGAAUUAAAUUAAAGGGGACCCCUGACCAUUAGGUCCAGUCGUGACCGACUCUGGGGUUGCGGCGCUUAUCUCGCUUUAUUGGCCGAGGGAGCCGGCGUACAGCUUCCGGGUCAUGUGGCCAGCAUGACUAAGCCGCUUCUGGCGAACCAGAGCAGCGCACGGAAACACCGUUUACCUUCCCACCAGAGCAGUACCUAUUUAUCUACUUGCACUUUGACGUGCUUUCGAACUGCUAGGUUGGCAGGAGCAGGGACCGAGCAACGGGAGCUCACCCCAUCGCUGGGAUUCGAACCGCCGGCCUUCUGAUCAGCAAGUCCUAGGCUGUGUGGUUUAACCCACAGCGCCCUAUACAUAUCAAUAAAUUCUUGUUGGAGCAUGUUUUUGUCAUGUAAUUCUUCUACACAUUUCCAUUCUUGUUUGAGAUUUUAAUUAAUCUAAUCAAAAUCUAAUCGGACCUCUUGGUUUCAUUUGCAGAUAACAGGAUGGGCAGGACGUUGAAGGAGCUGAUUGAGGAGUUCAACGUGAGCAGGAUCGAAAGGCACUCGGCUCUGCUGGAUCUUGAGAAGCUGUCUGAGUUCAACAGGUGGAGGAACCAGAGGGGCGGGGUAGCACCAGCUUCCAUGCAUUUCCUGGUUGGCUGUUGAUCUGCGGGCUGUUUAUCCCCUGUGGGGAGGUCUGCAUCUGCUGAGCAUCACCUUUUGGUCCCCUUCCCUGUUCCCUUCCUUGGAGUCCAGUCCCCCUCCAGCUCAGGGGGUCUCUUCUGCCACCUCCUUGAAGUCAGGCUGCAUUCAGGGAAGAAAAAGCAAGAUGUCACAUAGGGUGCAAACAGGCAUCGCUGAGAAACUGAGGAAGUGUAUCCUAAAAGGUCAUCCCACUCCCUAUAGCUCAGCUGGUUAAAGCAUGCUGCUGACACUGUCAAGGCUGCAGGUUCAAUACCCAUGUGGAUAUUCUAGCUGCAUAUUCUAGUACUGCAGGGGGAUGGAUUAAAUGCUCCUCAGGUCCUUUCCAACUCUUCAGUUGUAUGAUGCUAUGAAGUGUCUUUGUUUGUGUGUGCACAGGAUCCACCUGACCCGUCGGAUUGAAGAUGACCUGCAACGGCAAGAGCUGGUGGCAGAGGUGCAGGCCUCUGUGGAGGAGACCUACGGGAGCCAGGUGGUAGACCGGGAGGUCCUUGAGAAGGGCUACGUGGAGCAGGUGCUGCUGCUUAGAAUGGUAAGUCAGGCAAAGAGGGUGUGUGUGUCUGUGCACAAGUGUGCCUGCCUCUUUACUUUCUUGUUGUUGUUGUUUUAAAUAAACUGCCAACAUAACGAAAGGAAAGAAAACAAAGGCCCUAAAUUUUAACACCGCAAAGCAUCACAUCCUGGGAGCACAAACGAUACAGCACGUCUCUAAAGGGAUAACGAAGUGUUAACUCAGACAUAGAUUUCCUUUACAAAUAAUAAUGAUAAAUAAAAAUAAGAGUGUCCUCCACCUGUGAGUGUCAUCAUUAUGAAAUAACACAGGCUUAAAUGAGCCAGAUGGUUUCCACUGGUGGCACUGAGUGACUGGGUGCCUCAAUAUUUGCAUAAGAAAUACUAUUACAGUGGUACCUCGGGUUAAGUACUUAAUUCAUUCUGCAGGUCCGUUCUUAACCUGAAAUCGUUCUUAACCUGAGGUACCACUUUAGCUAAUGGGGCCUACUGCUGCUGCCGCGCUGCUGGAGCACGAUUUCUGUUCUCAUCCUGAAGCAAAGUUCUUAACCCGAGGUACUAUUUCUGGGUUAGCAGAGUCUCUAACCUGAAGCGUCUGUAACCUGAAGCGUAUGUAACCUGAGGUACCACUGUAUUAUUAUUAAUUGAGUUUAUAUACCACCUUAUACCUGGAGAUCUCAGGGCGGUUCACAGAAAAGAUCACAACAUAUACAGUGGUACCUCAAGUUACAAACGCCUCAGGUUACAUACGCUUCAGGUUACAAACUCCACUAACCUGGAAGAGUUACCUUGAGUUGAGAACUUUGCCCCAGGAUGAGAAUGGAAAACGUGUGCCAGCGGCACAGCAGCAGCAAGAGGCCCCAUUAGCGAAAGCACGCCUCUUGUUAAGAACAAUUUCAGGUUAAGAACAGACCUCCGGAAAGAAUUAAGUUUGUAACUAGAGGUACCACUGUAUAAUCAGAAUAAAAACAACAACCCAAUAACACACACCCAGAAAAGAGCCACAUUUUAGAAGGCUAUAGGAUGUCAAACAGAUCAACCAAAGGCCUGGUUAAAAAGGAACAUUUUUGCCUGGAGCCUAAAGGUGUAUAAUGAAGGUGCCAGGUGAACUUCAUGCUAUAUAUGUUUCCUAGCUGGAAACUCUUUGACUUUAAGGUAAGAAGGUGCCGUGGGGCAGGGAGAGAUAUGGUGUUGGGGUGGGGGCUCCAGCCAGGGGAACUGAUCUGCCUGUCUCUCUGAACCUCAGUGGUCCUUCCCCCCCAGGGUCACAUAAGCCGCCUCAAGGACUUGGUGUCACCCAAGUAUUCUUUCUUGUGGAUCCGGCCCUCCGUGCCUCACGAGGAGCUGCAAACCAUUUCAGCAGAGGCAGACAAAAUAGGAAGGCUGGUUCUCAGGUGAGUUGCCCCGGACCUUGCCUGUUUGUUUGUUUUUUAACCCAUUGGGAUGUUGCAGCCACCUAGAGGUCUGGCCUCCUCCACCUUCCUCCUCACCUGAGUGACAGCAGGUACUUUCCAUGCUGGAGUAAGCGCUUGUUUUCAGCCGGUCUCCCUCAUAUGGUAAAUAAACAGUAGAACCUUACAUUAUCUCAGCUGGUAAAGUAUGAAACUCUUAAUCUCAGGGUUGUGGGUUUGAGCCCCACGUUGGGCAAAAGAUUCCCCCACAUUUGAGCCCCAUAUUGGGCAUUGCAGGGGGUUGGACUAGAUGACCCUCGUGGUCCCUUCCAAGUCUACAAUUCUAUGACUCUUGCCACAUGAAGGGUCUUCUGCAAGUGAAACAACCUGCCCUGCAUAAUGGAUAUGAUAAAUCACUUGGCAGUAGCUUUUCCAAGUGAAAACUGAGCCACAGUUUAGAAAAACGAGUUUAAAGUAAUAUCCUUUCUUCUUCUUCUUUUCUUCCCAAAGGUUGCUGGAACAGCCGGUGGCUGCUCUGACCCCAGAGGAGCUGGGCAAAGACCUGAGGCGGCUUCAGGAGCAGAUAAGUGGGACCCAGUACAGUGGCAUGAUGAGACUUCUCCGCUUGGCCCUCAGUGGCCAGAAGGUAAAUUUCCCCUGGCCCUGCUUCCCAAAUCUCAUCAUCUGAAUUGCUCUGCUUUGAAAGCCAAUAGCUGGCUUGGCUUUGCUAAUGGACCUCAGUGGUAGUUGCUGCAUCUCUUUAAAAUAAUCGAAAGAGCCAUCCUGGUAGACAGCCUAUCAGUUAAAUCAGUGAAAUCAGUUAACACGGAUGGACCAUUCCUGACAAUUAAUAAUGAAAAAGUAUGAGCAAAAACCCACAGGUCAAGCUAGAGCUAGAAUAAAACCAAGAAUAAGUAUGGAUAGCUCAGUUGGUUAGAGCAUGGUGCUGACAAUGCCAAAGUUGCAGGUUCCAUUCAGGGACAGCUGCAUAUUCCUGCAUUGCAGGGGAUUGGACUAGACGAUCCUCUGGGUCCCUUCCAACUCUAUGAUUCUGUGAGCCCUCCCCACACCCCGAGGCAUGCCCUGAUCAGCAAGUCUUUACUUGGCGCCUGAAUGGCAACAUGAAGAUGCCAGCUAAACACCUAAUACAGGUUGCCAGUUUUUAAAAUGUUGUUCCAUUUAUUGGGCAGCGCUGAAAUCAUAGGAAGCUGCCUUCAGAUGUCUUCUAAAAGUCACAUACUUGUUUAUUUCCUUGACAUCUGGUGGGAGGGUGUUCCACAGGGCGGGCGCCACCACCAAGAAGGCCCUAUGCCUGGUUCCCUGUAAGCUCACUUCUUCCAGUGAGGGAAUCGCCAGAAGGCCCUCGGAGCUGGACCUCAGUAUCCGGGCUGAACGAUGGAGGUGGAGACGCCCCUUCAGGUAUACUGGGCCGAUGUUGUUUACUCAGGAGGAGUGGUGGUACUGUAGCUACAAAGGUUGUAGAGCACUCCAUCAAUGGAAUUGUGGUAUGAAUAUGGAAGAGGGAGUGAUGUAAUGGAGGCCUCUCAGACUCUAGCUUCCACAGAGCUUCAGGAGCUCCGGUUUUCAAGUAGGGAGGUGUUCCUUCCCAGUUAGCAGGGGCUCCCCCUCCCUUUCUGGAGUAACCUCCCUGUCCAUUUCAGGAAGGACCCAGCGUUGCUGAGAUGAUGGUCUCCUUGGGGCCCAGAGAGGCCAGCGCACGGAUCCAGAGAGCCCUUUGCAGCUGACCUGUUGAAGCAAAACAGCCAACCAAACUUUCAAUAGAGCUUGCAUGUCAAGCCUUCCACGAAGCUCAGACACCUUCCUGUGGACUGCAGAGCAUCCCACAGCCACGGACUUGACCCCUUCUCUCUCUCUCUUUAAAAGUGCUCUGGGGUUGGCAGCCUGGCAUUGGCACUGAGACCCUAAGGGGAUUUCCGGUUCUAGUUGAGUCUGACGUGGCAUUAAUAAAGAAAGCAAAAACACUGGCUGGAGGUCAAAGUGCUGCUGUGAUCGCUUUCCACGUGGCCUCGCAGCCAUUGUCACCCCGCUGGGCAUUCCUUCAGGACUGGGGAGCAGCCUCAACCUUGGAAGCCACAGGAGAGUGAGCCAAACCGAAAGUCCAGUUCCAUAGAAUUCAAAGGGUAUUUUUAUUGCAUUACAAUCUCAGAGAUAAUUAAUUGCAGUAGAUUGGACUAGAUGACCCUUGGGGACUUUCCCCACUCUACAAUUCUCUGGUUCUAUGAAAAGGAGCAAUAAAAUACAAUUGAAAAUCAAUAUGAAUCUUUAAUGUGACGUUUGCACCAUCAUCAGCCAUAAAUCCACAGAGAUGUGUGGUCCUGCUGGGUGUUACAGCAUCUCUUGUGCUCAGCCUAGUCUCUCUGCCCAGGGCUGGAUUAACCAUUAAGCAAAAUAAGCAUGUGCUUAGGGCAUCAAGGGAAGGAGGACACCAUAGGAAUUUCCCCUUGGUGCAGCUGAACACAAACAUCAUUUCUACAACUAUGCAAAAAUAAACAUUACUUUCCAUCUUA